AUGGAACUAGAGAACCGUCCCGCCUCAUCCGCCGCCGCUGACGACCGGAAAAUGCACGUGGCUAUGUUCCCAUGGCUGGCUUUCGGCCAUAUCAUCCCCUACCUCGAUCUCGCCAAGUUCAUAGCGCGAAAAGGCCACCGAGUCUCCUUCAUCUCCACCCCAAGAAACAUCGAGCGCCUCCCCAACCUGCCCCCAAACCUGUCCCCUCUCAUUGAUUUCGUGAAGCUUACUCUCCCUCGAAUCUCCGAGCUCCCCGUAGGAGCAGAGGCCACCAUGGACGUCCGCGUCGAGGACGUCCACUAUCUCAAGAAAGCCCUCGACGGGCUCGAGAUCCAAUUAGCGAACUUUCUUGAAGCUUCCAAACCUGAUUGGAUUAUUUACGACUUUGCGCAGCACUGGGUGCCAACCAUUGCUGGAAAACUCGGCGUCUCUCGCGCCUUCUUCCUCAUCAUCAACGCCUGGUUCGCUUCUUUCUUUGGGCCGGCGUCGGCGAUGACGGACCGCUCUCGGCCGCUGAUAUCGGACCCUGAGCAGCUCACGACGCAACCAGAAUGGAUUAAUUUUCCGACGAACUUGGCGUUCCGCCUCCACGAGAGCAAGCGAUUGGUGAAUUUUUUGAAGCAUAACUUGUCCGAAGCAUCCGAUUUUUUCCGGGGCGGGUCAGCUAUAGUGGGCUGUGACGUCUUCCUCAUAAGGCACUGCAGAGAAUUCGAGCCCCAGUGGCUGACCCUCGUUGAGGAACUCCACCAAAAGCCCGUGAUACCGGUGGGCUUAAUGCCCCCCUCGGUGGAGGAUAGUGUGAGCGACCAGCAGAACCAGACGUGGGUCACAAUCAGCGAAUGGCUCAACAAGCGAAGAAAAGGGUCGGUCGUUUUCAUAGCGCUCGGGAGCGAGGUGACUCUGACUCAGAACGAACUUACCGAGUUAGCACUCGGCCUGGAGCUAUCCGGGUUGCCAUUUUUCUGGGCGCUAAGGAAGCCGCCGGGUUCUGCAGAGCUGCCGGAGGGGUUCGAGGAGCGAGCCAGUAAGCAGGGACUGGUGUGGACGAGCUGGGCGCCCCAACCCAGGAUACUUAGUCACGAAUCAACGGGUGGGUUUUUGACUCACUGCGGGUGGGGUUCGAUCGUGGAGGCGCUGGGGCAGGGACUGCCUCUCAUCAUGCUACCCUUCCUGAUAGACCAGGGACUGAACGCGAGGGUGCUGGAAGAGAAGCAGGUGGGUGUGGAGGUCUCAAGAGAUGAAGAAGGCAACUAUUCCAGGCACUCGGUGGCCGAGUCAGUCAGGCGAGUUAUGGUAGACAGUAACGGAAGGAUUUACAGGGACAAAGCGAGAGAGAUGAGUGCUGUGUUUGGAGACAAAGUCGUGCAAGGACGAUACCUCGACCAUUUGAUUCAGUAUCUAGAAAGUCAUCAUCCUGCACACAAAGAAUAA